AUGUCGGCCGGAUCGUUCAUACGAAACGUGCCCCUCAGCCCCGCCGCCACGGGCGCUCUUCUCUAUGCCCUCACCAAAGCCCCAUUGAAGCUUCGUGAGCCUCUUGUACAGAGAUUCUUGCAAUACUUCUCGGCCACCACACUAGCCCGUGUCGUCACAGUGCUCAAAUGGCUCUUCGCAUUAGGCAUCGCCCGAAACAUCCACAUCUGGCUCUCCAACAUCGCCCAGAACAACUUCCGAAUCCGAUCGGAGAAGCACCGCUACAACUGGCCGAAUGAAGUCGCCGUCGUCACCGGCGCGGCCAGUGGUUUCGGCGCACUAAUCACGAAAGGCCUCGUUGAGAAAGGAAUCAACGUCAUGGCUGUUGAUAUCCGAAGCGAGGUGCCGGAAGACAUGAAGCUCCAUCCCCGCAUCCAAUGGUAUCAAUGCGACAUCACGGACCGGGAGAAAGUCAUGGAGUUGGCGGAGAAGAUCCGCAAGCAAUACGGCGACCCCAGCAUCCUCGUCAACAACGCUGGCAUCGCUUAUACUCACGGCAUUCUCAGCGCAUCCGAGAAGGCGCUCCGUCGCACUUACGAUGUCAACAUCCUCUCUCACUACUUCACCCUGCAGGCCUUCCUGCCCGCCAUGAUUGCCAACAAGAAAGGCCACGUCGUCGCUAUGGCGUCCAUGUCGAGCUUCGUCACUCCGCCUGGCAUUGUGCCUUAUGCCAACACCAAGGCUGCCGUCAUGUCGCUCCACGAGGGCCUGAUGCAGGAGGUGCGAGUCGUGCACAAGGCUCCCGAGAUCAAGUUCUCCAUCAUUCAUCCCACUUUCGCGAAUACACCUUUGGCGGCACCGUUCAUGAAGGAACUGCAGGAGAAGAAAGUCCUCCAGGUCCUUGAUCCAAUCGACGUCUCCAACGCCGUCGUCAAUCAAAUCAUGUCUUGCACCGGCCGACAGGUGCUUAUUGGUGACAUCAACCUCUUGAGAGGCUUGCGGGCAUGGCCGCAUUGGCUGACACAAGCCAUCAUUCAUCUCACGGACGGCACAGUCGACGUAGCUAUCGUAGGAAAGGAAACGACAUCGAGCUGA